AAACACAUGCCAGAUCAUAAAGUUUCUUUGACCUUCACGAUGAUGGAUUUUCGGUGAGGGUAUGGGGCGAAGGAAAGCAUCCAAUCAGCGACUGAUAUUUUCCUACCAAAACACAUUAUACGGAUGAUUUGGUAAAUUUGCUACCUGGCCGAAAUAUUUAGUUUAAAAUUUUUGCCAUUCAAUUGGUGGUGAACUCUUGUGAUAAAUUAGUGUUUCAUUCGCCACGAGCCAAAUAAAAGCUGUGCGGGACAAUAAAAAGUGUCAACUAUUGAACUUUGCUUCCUGGCUGAGUUAUAUAGAAUAUUAAUUGUUUAUUGUGUGACUCCAUCAUGUCGAACAAAAAAUACCCCAUGCUAUUGUCUAAUUUGGAUGAAAUACCGACACUUAAAUUUGGAAACUAUGAAUUGGUGUUUGAAUCAGAAUUGAGUGAUUUCUCGAAAGAGGUGGCACGAACGGAACUUCGCGAAACGGAUGAAGUACGCAAGGAAGCAGUUUGGCAAUUGCGAAAAUUACUUGAGGAUGAAUGUGACCUUGUUACACCUUUUCACAAUGAUUUUUGGCUAAUAAAAUUUCUACGUCCAUGCAAAUUCUAUCCCGAGAGUGCAAGAGAUCUUAUAAAGUGUUAUUAUGAAUUUAAAGAAAAGUAUUCUGUAAUUUACAAUAAUCUUCUUCCGUCUAAACUUACGCGAGCUUUUAAUGGGGACAUAAUUAAAGUUAUGCCAAAUCGCGAUCAACGAGGGAGGCGUAUUCUCAUCAUAGAAGCAGGAAAAGCCUGGAACCCGAAAAUAGUAACACCACAAGAUUUGCUAAAAAUGUGUAUUAUGCUAGUUGAGGCGGCUAUUCAAGGACCUGACACGCAAGUCAAUGGAGCUAUAGUUAUUUUGGAUUUGGCUGGGUUUUCAGUGUCGCAAGCAAAAGUAAUAACACCAACAUUUAUAAAGAUAAUUGCUACAUGGAUUCAGGAAUCUAUACCCAUCAGAAUCAAGGCUUUCCACAUAAUCCACGAAACUUUUAUAAUUGAUGUGUUAUUUAAGAUGGUGAAACCGUUCUUGAAACAAAAACUCAGAGAUCGAGUGUUUUUCCAUGGCAAGAAUUAUUCGUCUCUUCACAAACAUAUCCCACCGGAUUAUCUUUAUACAACAUAUGGAGGAACAUUGAAGCCCCCGAAUUGCCCCAAUCAGGAGGAGAUGUUUGAAGCAUAUGAAAAGUUUUUGGGAAUAUUUGACGAGGAAUUUCUCACCAUAAAUUCAUAUGGAUACAAAAAAGACAUUUGAAUGAUUUAUGUAAAUAACAAUAAAAUAAUAUAUUUUAAGAUCUUCGAUUUUGAAGAUUCUCCUAGGGAUGUAUGUUCUAUUAAAUAAAAUCUAUUUUAAACA